AUGCCACGUCAUUGCGCCGAAUGUCAUGGAAUUACUCCUAAUUUUCAAGUGAAUUUUUGUCAACAUUGCGGUAAAACGUUUGGCACUAGAAUCCAUCGGCCAACAUCGAUAAAAUCUCGACCAUCGGUGUUAUCUUUGCCUCCUGAACGUACUCCCUCAGACACAGUACAUAGACAUCAUCCGUCAGUUACUUCCAAAUCACUUCGUACAGGAUUACCAUCAUCAUCACCCUCACAUAGUUCAUCAUCAUAUUCGUUAAAAUCGCGACCGAUUUCGAUUGAAAGAAAGCGUCGAGAAACUUCCCAUGAUGAUUCGCAUAAACGGUCUAAUUCUUGUCAAUAUAAAAUAAUUUGUGGAGAAUAUUUGUCAUCGUUAAAAUGGCAGGAGGUAUUUUUCAAUCGUAAACAUAAUCGAUGCUAUUGCAAUGAAUGUUACCCAAUGUCGUGUAACGAUACCUUUGAAACUGGUGGUUCGACUUACGUUAUUCCUCGAAAUUGGUGCCGUUUUGGUCUCCAUGUGGAUCAAGUUCGUGCUCAGACUGAUCAUAUAUGGAAUCAAUGGAUAAUAACUUAUCAUGGAACAUCGGCGAUAGCCGCUGAAUCAAUUGUAAAUCAUCGUCAGUUUUUAAUACCUGGUGAUCGAUGUAUUGAUGGCACAAGUAUUUAUAUACAUCCUGAUCAUAUUAAGGAUAAAUAUGAAAUUUAUACAUCUCCAACAAUUGCGUAUUCAAGCCUCUCAUGUUAUUGUCCUGCACAACAAUUUCGAUCAAAAUUAACCAAUAAAUUAUAUAAUGCGCAAAUUGUACUUCAAUGUCGACAAAAACCUGGAGCAUUCAAAGUACAAGCUGAAACAGUAGGUGCUGGUAAUGAAAGAAUAUGUUCAGUUAUAUCAAAUGAUCAAGUUGAAAUAUUAACAACAAUAAGAGCCGCUAUUGUACCUUAUGGAGUAUUAAUCAAAUUAACUGAGAUUAACCGAAAUGAUUAUUAA